AUGAAUGUCAAGACCCUGUAUAAUCUGAACCUGACCAAAGAGGAAGGCUGGACCCUCCCCAAACUGUCCAUGUGGAAUCUACGAGAGCAGGACUCCAUGUAUAUCCGCGUGCUCCUGUACUUCCUGGACUCGCCUGAUACGCCCGGGAGUACUGAGUGCAGGGGGACCCCAGAGGAUCAAUCCGGCGAGCCAAGUCUACGGUCAAAUGCAGCGUAUGGAAAGCGUCUUCCUGUUAUACCAGCACACUAUCUUGUCUACCGAAAAGCCACGGAGAAGGAACCCACGACGAUCCAUCCAACGACAAAGCCAGUGACACAGACGAACAGCACAGCAACGACGACAAGAACAACGACGGCGACGACGACGAAGAAAACAACAACAAUAACCACAACACCCACAACACCAACACCAACAACAGCUACUACUACUACUACACCAAAGCCUGUGUAUUUUGUCCCGACCUACGUACCAAGGAUAAUACAGAGUUCAACUCAUUUGAUUGUCACAGCGCCACCUACAGAAGGGGGCUCAUUCAAACUGUACGGUCUUCAGACCAUCACCGGAAGUGUGAUCAUUACCUGCGAGUUGAUGCACAUGCACUUUCUGGGUAUUCCGCCUGUCAACACAACAAUCUGGCACAACGAUCACGUGCUCACCACCCGAUCCAACAGCCGCAAGGUAUCGUUCAGUCUCCCGUAUCAAAGUGAAAGUAAUUUUUCUUGCGGGAUUGAAGGGAAAGCUACGGAGUGUAUCCCACCGGGUGAUAGACGAUUGGUGCACGUUUCUAUCACAUCCAAUGAUAUUGUCGUUAUGCUGGUGACAAAAGAAGGAGUCGACCUGUUCAUCAUACUGUACGGUCUCGAGUUGACCUUCUGCUUGAUCCUGAUGACGUGGGCGGUCAAGCUGAUGAUCGAGCACAUGAAGAUUCUGAGCUCUAUCAAGCGGGCCAAGGCCGAGAGGAUCCAGGAGAAGCUGAAGACGGCCAACUUCACCCUGGACGACGUCGUCACCGCCUCCAACGUUUCCGUGGCCGUGCUGUCGCAGUCGGAUACGGCCUCUGCUGUCUCGACUGUCUCGGGUGAAUCGUCUGUCACGGAGUAG